GAUAAAUUUUCUUUCCAAGAUGCAAUUUGCAGUUACUAAACUCCCAUAAAUGUGUAAAGCCAUCUAACCAUAAAAAUUUGAAUAAUUAGUAAUAAUUAAUUUGUAAAUGAUAGGUUUAUUUGGAUAUCGUAUUACAAAGUAUAAAUUAAAUCAAAAAAGCUGAAAGAGACUUAAUGAUAUUAUAAUCAAAACAUUUUUACUUAAUUCCUAAUUAUUUUGAAUCAAGUUCUUAUGAAGAAAUAAAAUAAGAAUUAGAGUAAUAUAAAAUAGAAGACUUGAAGAAUAUUUUAUUAAAUAAUGCUUAAGAAAUAUUAAAAUCAGUUAAAAUUACAUUCUAUAUUAGAAACAAUAUUCAGUAUCGAAUUUCAUUUCCUCCAUCCCUUUGAUAAGUAAGAAUUUUAAUCUGGCUGAAUUUUCUUAAUUAAUAGAAGAAUAAUUAAAAGAAUAUGUUGAAAUUGUUAAAGAUCGCAAUGAAUGUAAAAAAUUCUCCAACAUUUCAUUAUCCAGAUUUUGUAAAGCCAUGGGAUUUAUAUUAAGAAAAAGUGAUAAUUAAAGUCUAAAAUAAGAUUAUUAAACUUUUGUAUUUUAGAUUCUCAUUAAUAAACCAAAUACCUUAUUGAAACAUUUAUAUGCAAUACUUCAUUAUUUGCAAUUUGUAAAAUAUAAUUAAUUAAUCUCUUAUUUAAAUGAAAAAUAAUUGGCUAUGGAAGUAUCUAAAUUUAUUCUCUAAAGAGUUCGAACUUAAUUAAAUAUAGAGAAAGAAUUUUCAGAGAAUCCUGAAUUUUAUUCAUAAUUAUCAUCUGUAAAAAUUAAGAUUAAUUUUAGUUUUUAUUUAAGACAAAUUAUUUUCCUUAAGAAGAAGCAUUUUUUAUAGAAGAGAUAUUGGCAAAUAAAAUUAAAUGGAGAGAAGAAAAAAUUGAAUUUGCAUAUAUUAAAGUUUUGUUUUGUCAAUUAUGUAAAGUAGGAGUGGGAGAAAAAUUAGUUAAGAGAAUGUUAUAAAUUCAUAAAAAAAUGUAAAUGGAAAAAGAAUUCCUUCCUUAUUAUUUACAAUCUCUUUUGUAUUUUUAAAUUCAUAACAUUAUGGAAUAAUUUAGAUUGAAUCCAACUAAAGAAAAUAUGAACACCCUUAUAAAAUAAACACAUUAUAUUCAACCUUUAAUAGAUUAAGCUGUAGAAGCUAUGAGAAAAUUUGGAUAUGCUUAAAUUGCAUUCCCAUAAGAAUCUAUAAAUUAAACUAAAAUUUGUUAAGCAAUAUUGAAUUGUUUUUCCAUUUAAUUAUUUUAAGAAGAAAAUAUUAUGGCCAUAUUUAAUUAAAAUAAUACUCCUUCUGGAAGAACUAAUGAAAUAAAUAGUGAUGUUGAAGAUUUUCUUCAAUCUAAAGGUAUUUAAUACAAUAAAGAAUUUAAUGAUGGAUUUUAUUCAUACGAUUAUUGGAUACCUAGUCUAAAUGUUAUAAUAGAAUGUGAUGGAUCUUUUCAUUAUUUAACAAAUUCUUACGAUUAAAAGGAUAGUUCAACUUUAGCUAGAGAUUUUCUUAUACUAAAUUCAAAUAGAAAAUUAAUAUCUAUAAAUUGGUUUAAGCAAAGAGAACAAAGAUUUAAAGAAGAUAAAUAUGGAUAUAUAUCAUAAUUAUGGAAUAAAUUAGAUAAAAAUUCUGAUAUCAUUUAUGCUGAAUGA